UGGUCAGUGCUACUGGAAUUCCCGCCGUGUCUUGUGAAUCUCGAGGAAUUCUUUGGCGAAUAAAUAAACGAAUUAAACGAUGAGUGGAAAAUUCGUGGUGAUUAUCCUCUGUUUUCUGAGGAUUGUGCUCUGUGAUCAACAAGCUCAGGAGCAACAGCAAACAGAUUCCUAUCUCAAUGCUCUCCAUGAAUCUCAUGCCACAGGAGCUGGUGUUCGAUCACCGAGAGACGACCUAAGUCCAGGAUAUGAUUCUGGACCCAAACCAAUUUAUGGUCCACCAACAUCCUACGGCCCUUCAGCUCCUGUCUAUGGACCACCCACUGCCUACGGACCCCCUACGGGAUUCUAUCGCGCUGGACCGCCGAAAUACUACGCUGCUGUGCAUCAUCGAACACCUACGGAUUGGCUACUGGAUAAGCUUCACUUCAAGCUAGAUCUCGUGACGAUCGGGAAGAUCAUCCUCAAGUUGAUCAUUUUCAAGAAGAUCGUCAAAUUCAUCGCCAUUCUGUGCCUUUUACUCUUCCUGCCCAAGCUCAACAUGAUGGGAUCAUCAUCUACGGAUCACAACAACCAUCACGAUCACGAUUACGACAUUAGCGUCUUUCGGAAAUUCAAUGUGGACGAGUCCAAAAAUGCCAGGAUAAAUGAGCUCACAUCCUUCGUCCUCUCAUCAAUAGACGCCUUCACGCGGAAGGAGGUGAAAUGCCCCGAAAAUAGCGGCGAAAUGUCCUGCCGUCUCAACAGGAUGCUCACAAUAAUCGACUCAAAGUACCCGCUAAAGAGAAUUUUUCGCUACUACAAGCCCCCGGGUCAUGCUGAAGAAGAACUUCCGCCCCAGAAUACCCCAGAGAUGGUUGAGGAAGGCAGUGGGACAGACAAUUAGUGAAUAAUGCAUGUAGAAUAGCAAUUUUAUUGGAUCGCACGCCGACCCACAACUUGCUCUCUGUGCGCCACCAAAUUAGCAUUCUAAUCGUGAUUUCGGUCAAACAAUGACACUCAUGAGUUCAGAUUGCCCAAUUGAUUGGCGACGUAGAAAGUUGGCAUUCUCUCAUCUCCAUAUCCUAUUUAUUUAUUUAUUUUAUUUAAUUAAUUUAAGAAUAAAUUAUUUCCCAUUUGAAA